UCGCCGAUUGGCCGCAGCGAACAUUCCCCCCCCUCCGACUCCUGCGCGGGGCUUUGGCGAUGGUCGGCAAUUGGCCCAGGCUGAGACGAGAGUCGUGGUGCCAGGGGGGCUUGGCGUUAUUCGCAGAGGUCUGCGCGCGCACGCCGCCCCUCUCACGACUCGGCAGACGACCAAGGAACAUCUUUGACUCGGGCGUUGAGAGAGAGAGAGGGGGGGAAAGAGACUCCCUCGAGUGAGCCGACCGGCAAAGACGACGACGGCGACGGCCGCGCCGGAAACUUCAGAAACUCCGCCUCGUCUCGCGCGCCGCGGUCACGCGUCCCCAUCUCGAUCUCUGCGCGCCGCAACCUCGUCCCGUCUCAUCCUCACCCCACCCCUCCCACCUAUCUCGUCUCGGCUCGCCCCGUCACCUCGUUGACAGCAAGCUGAAGGGCGUCUCCGCCGCCGGGCUCACGAUGGCCGUGAAUGUUUACUCGACGUCGGUGACGAGCGACAACCUGAGCCGCCACGACAUGCUGGGGUGGAUCAACGACUCGCUGGACCUGUGCUACGGCAAGGUGGAGCAGCUGUGCACCGGUGCGGCCUACUGCCAGUUCAUGGACAUGCUGUUUCCGGGAAGCAUCUUGCUCAAGAAGGUGAAGUUCCAGGCGCGGCUGGAGCACGAGUUCAUCCACAACUUCAAGAUGCUGCAGGCGUCCUUCAAGAAGCUGAACGUGGACAAGAUCAUCCCCGUGGACAAGCUGGUGAAGGGCCGCUUCCAGGACAACUUUGAGUUCGUGCAGUGGUUCAAGAAGUUCUUCGACGCCAACUACGACGGCAACGAGUACGACGCGCUGGGCGGGCGUCAGGGCCAGGACGUGCCCCCGCCCCCGAUCCCGGGCCAGCAGAUCUUCAACAAAGCCAGGGCCCGGCCCGCGAUGGCGGCCGGGAGGCCAUCCCCCGCCGGACCGACCGGGCCCCGGCGCUCCAGCGGCCCCCCGACUCGGGGGACCCCCCUCUCGCGACCUCGCAACGGCACCAACGAGCAGGAGAACGCCAUUGCCGCCGAGAUCAACAACGAGCUGGUGGACCUCAAGGAGAAGGUGGACGCGCUGGAGAAGGAGCGCGACUUCUACUAUUCCAAGCUGAGGGACGUGGAGCUGCUGUGCCAGGAGCAGGACGAGGAGGAGGAGCCCAUCGUGCGGCGAAUCCUCGACAUCCUCUACGCCACGCAGGACGGAUUCUCCGUGGACAAUGUUCCCGAGGAGGAGCCGGAGCCCGAGGAGCAGGACGAGUACUGAGGACGACGCCGUCCGCGACGUGGAGCAGCGGCGCGGCCUCAGAGUGAAGACUCAGCGGCGGCAGGGGCGGCAGCUUCCCUUGGGAGUCUCAUCACAUGUUGGAAUUGAGAAGAUUAAGGAGGUUAAGGAGGCACUUGUGCCCACGAAGAUGGUCUUUCCCCACAACGCCUCUUCCUCUCUGCUGCUACUGCAACUUCACUGUGCGUUAUUUUGCGAACUAUUGAAGUUAAACAUUAAAUCUCACGAGGAGACGUCCCUGUCACGACCGAGGUUUGCGCACGCACGUCCACCACAUUGUGAGGAUAGCCACAACGUCGUUCUCUUUAUUUGAUGCUGUCUCCGUGUCCGGUUUUAUCCCGAUUGUACCAUCGCCGUUACGUUAUCGAACGCAUUUUUUAUUCCAAGCGUCCCCGGGGGCCACACCUAGCCUUAUGGAGGCCACACCGAGCCUUACUGGGGCCACACCGAGCCUUAUGGAGGCCACACCGAGCCUUAUGGAGGCCACACCGAGCCUUACGGAGGCCACACCUCGCCUUACGGGGGCCACCAGCUGAAGGAACCCAGCUGGAAACAAGUGCCACUGUUCACCAGAGACACUGGAGUCAUCGGUCGAUGCUGGAACUUCCAGCAGUGGCUCAGGACCAGCAAAUGAUAUUCGUGCCGCCUGAUGCUCGUCUGAGCAAGAGGACAUUUACACGUUUAUAACUGUUAUAGAUUUUUUGAGAAUCAAGUUCUUUUUUUUUUCUUCCCGGUUUUAUUCUGAUCGCGCGACCGGCAGAGCCGCGGCAGCGCACGAAGCUGCUGUCACAGAGCUAGCGCCGAGAUCCCUCUGACAGAGAGACGACUUUCUACAAAGCCGCACACAAAGGAACCCCCAGUGGUCCUUGCGAGUGCGGUAGCUAACUUCACGACAGUGUGAGCCUGCGGACGGGAAGCGCCACCGCUUUCCUUCUCCCAGCUUCUCGCCCGGCAAUUCCACCUCGUCACAGCGGCCGCUGGCGUCUUGGCGUUGUGGGCCCUCUGCUCGGCAAACGUGGUUUAAAAGAAAAGAGAAAAAAAACUACUGCGGGUUUAAAUCGUCGCAUCUUAAUUUUUAUGUCUUUAAAAAAUGUUUUGGUACAAGGUAUUGUGUCUCCUUGCUGAAUAUAGCUGCAAUACGGUCGGUCUCUUUUACGUUCUAGUAGUAGGGUAUGAUGAAACACUUGAAUAGGAAGCCUUCUAAUGGAACGACGGUGACACACACACUGUAGAGAAAAUGCACUUUUGUAAUGCCGCAGGCUGACCAUUGCGCCUGACAAUCAAAUGUGUCGUUUGCUGGCUGGGCCUGGCCGGCACACGACCCAGACACGGCCCUCGCCUCUGUCCUCAACCCACCAGGUACUCGCGCCACUCGCCGCGCCGUUCGUCUCCGGAGAAGAAAUGCAUCUCGGUGUCCAGGGAUACAUUUCUCGCUCUAAACAUAUUGUGGGUCGCUGGCGGGCUUGUUGUAGGUGGCUGCGUGCCGAGUAGCCAUGGCCCGAGCGAGGUGUACAACGAGAUGUGUUUUUGCCGGGUGCAGGAACAUUUUAUGGGUUGCCGACCCGGACAGACCGGGUUGAAAUUAUGCCCUGUGGAUAUCAUCCCAGUCGGUUGAAUGAGUAAAUGGGCGUGACGCGCGUGUGAGCGUCGUGUGAAUGUGUUGGGAAUCUCACGUAAUGCCGUCCGUGUGGAUAUCGUUUUUCUGAUAAGACGUGCGGUAUAUAUCGUCGUUGAUUUCUCCAGCCGAAGCCGAUUUCGCCUGUUGUGAGAGUUUUGUUAAUUUCACUGGGUAACUCUGUCAUGCCUCAAGGGAAAGGGUUUGGUGACAUUAGUCGUCGUGUUAUGUGAUGGCUGAAUGGUACGUUCUGCGUCGUCUUCAGUGGUUAAAAAAAACACAAACUUGCGUCGAAAAACACGGUAAAAUACUGAUUGAUCACGUGAUUUUUUUAAAACGACACUAAAUGUGAUUUUAAAUAUUUUAAUUAACAAUAAGAAUAACUUACAGCCCUUUGUCAAAUCCACGACUGGACAGGGUCUCCCCAUGCCGUGUCUGUCAUGGGAGUUGUUGUUUAUUUUUAAGGAUAGAUUCCGAUGUCACAGUCUUAGCCGUUGGCCAGAAUCAAAGUGAGGCCACCAAAUUAAUUGCGUCGGGCUUUAACCACCGCACCACCCUUCCCACCGAGUGCCAUCACGUUCCAGCCACCAUUGUAACAGUCGGGGGUGUACAUUUGCAGAUGGAAACUUUGCACUGCAUGUCAGCAUUACACUUUUGAGGAAUCUGCACCAUAUCCAGUAUUUUCUGAAAAUGCCUUCCUCUCCACCGACCAUGGCAAGCCUUGCUGGAAACUUCGGAAAAUUGUGUCUUGACAGGUUUUAAAAAUUCAAUAUUUAAAUGGCUUAAAAACAAAUGGAUGCAGAGUUGUAUCUGUUUAUUUUUUUCAUCUACGCAAGUAACAAAUAUGCAAGCAAUAUUUGUCCCAGAAAGUAUGACAGGUCGGCAUUGAAGAGGAAUUCUACUCCAGCCGACAAUGUAUGUUUGAGAAAUGUUUUGGAGUUCAGCUCUUUAUUCUGUUUAGGGGUUUCAAUACCACAAAACAUGUUAAGGCAGAGACCUCAACCCCCAUUGGCUGUUUGAUGAACAUUGUAUAAAAUUGGGUCUGUGAGAUUAUAAUGAACAAUCCUUUGCCAGUCGGCUGCUGGACGAUGGCCUCCCCGCCCCGAGUCGGUCGUCAGCGUUGUGUGACCGGACUUCUCCACCGUGGCACUGGCGGGGAAGACGCUGGCCAGGACCGGAAGACGGCUUGGAGUUCGACAAGACGGAAAUCUGGAGAGAACAUGAACAUCUCUCAAGGAUUCAUUUUUGUAGGUGGCGUGACCCCGAAUUGUGUGUUACGCUCGCAUACAGAUUGUUUAAUGGCCACAUAUUAUAUAUGACUACGGUAGCACACAAUCUAUUACACAUGGGGCUGUUUGGUUUCUGGUGAGUGGCAUGGCACCGUGGUGGCAUUCAUAGUCGUAACUGGGUAAAACCCCAAAGAGAGUUGAUUGACCCCGGCCUUGUUUGCGUCUCCUACUGCACAGUUUUUUUUAAACCGUGCCAACGAUUUCACUUGUGGCCGUACAGCGACCUCUAGUGUGCGUUUCAACUGGGAAAUCGUGUCCGGUGCCUUUACCCCAAUUUACCGAAAUGCGCCUCGAUGUUGAAAAGUCUGAAAGGUUCCAGCCAGGAUAAUCGCUGUGCAUGGGGACUUGCGUGACUAGGCGAUGUGCAGUACAGCAACAUCAACCCGCACUUAGCAGAAUGGUGAAGUAUGGUCAAAAUACUCCCACGGAUUGGGGAGGCCCUCAAUGUGCCAUGAUAAAUGGUUACCUCCCGUGUACAUGAUUAUAAUGGCCUUCCCCACGCCGUGUUUGACCAUACUUCCCCAUGUUGAUAAGUGCUGCUUAAUGCAUAUGGGGGUACACAUUUACAGGCAACGUUGCGACUGAAUUCUAUCUAAAACACGGACUGAACGCUUCGUGUAGCGUUAACAAUUGUGACUUCCUUAACAUCAGUAGGAAUUGUAACAUUUGUAAAAAAGGGCUCUGUGAUAACUGAAUUACAUACGCCGAUUAAAUCAUAAUAGAGACACUGUAAAAUAAUAAAAUAAUGGAACCGUUA